CCAUUUCGUAAGUCAGUCACAUUGCGUCAGCAGGAAAACCGAAACCGAUUGCAGGCAGGUUCGUGGUGCGACCGGCACGUGAAUCAGAUCGGAAGAUCGCGUACCAGUCCAGUAGCCCCAAAACUUCCUCCAACGAUAAUCGGUGUCCGGUGAUGUUGUGCAGGUGCCCGUGGAGGUUGUGACAGUGGGAGAUGACCGUGCUGAACCUGGCCCUGGGUCCACUCCGACGGCGCAACUGCUUCCUGGUGCUGGCGUUCGUCGUCUUCGUGCCGUUCUGCGUGUUCGUUCUGUUUUCGGUGCCAGAUGUGAGCUCGGAGCAGAUGCUGGUGCAACGAUUGGCCGAGUUGCAGGUCAAACUGCAAUAUUUGGAUUCUAUGUACAGGACACGGCAGGAAGAUUUGCAGCAAUUAACCCAACACAUCGAUCAAAUCACGAUUCCCGGGGACAAUUCCUCAAACUCAGUCGGACUGCAGGAUUACCGACCUGAAGUCAAACAACUGAUCAAAAACAUGUCCGGGAUGCACGCGGCAACCGGUUUGAACCCGCCAAUCAUGUUGCGGCUACCAUCUUCGUAUCAUUUCCUGCCGCAUUUGUUGGACGAUCCGUCGAGUCUCAGGUUGGCGUAUCUCAUGUCAAAGAACAGGAACGGAGUCUCUAUGGUCAUGGGAGUGCCGACCGUUCGACGGGAGAAACAGAGCUAUCUCAUGGACACACUGCAGAAUCUGAUCGAUGGCAUGAACGCUGAGGAAGCCAACGAUUCGCUGAUCGUGGUCUUCGUUGCCGAGACCGACGUCGAGUAUGUGCUACAAGUCGCCAAGGAAAUCGAAAUGAGAUUUCCCCAGCAGGUCGAUUCGGGAUUGUUGGAGGUUGUGUCUCCUUCGCCGGCCUACUAUCCAAAUUUGGACAAACUUCGGAUAACGCUCGGCGACUCUCCGGAGAGAGUCCGAUGGCGAUCCAAACAGAACUUGGAUUUCGCUUUUCUUAUGUCCUACUGUCAGCCUAAAGGAACGUUUUACGUGCAACUGGAAGACGACAUCCUCGCAAAACCGUCCUACAUAACCGACAUGAAGAAAUUCGCCCUCGAAAAAAUCGCAUCGAAGGAGUCGUGGUUCGUUUUGGAUUUUUGCCAGUUGGGUUUUAUCGGAAAAUUGUUUAAGAGUGCAGAAUUGCCGUGGUUGGUGAAUUUUUUUCAAAUGUUUUACAACGACAAACCAGUCGACUGGCUGUUGGACCAUCUAAUAUCGACAAAAAUUUGCAACUGGGACAAGAACAAUGAUUAUUGCAAAAGGGACAAGGCCAAGGUGUGGCUUCACUACAAACCGUCCCUCUUCCAGCACAUCGGCACCCAUUCAUCCCUAAAGGGGAAAGUGCAAAAGCUCAAGGACAAACAGUUUGGAAAAGUGGCACUGUUCUUUCCGCACAGCAAUCCGGAAGCGGAAGUCAUUUCUGGCAUAAAGCAUUACAAACAGUACACGCUGGAACGGGCUUAUUUGGGGGAGACCUUCUUCUGGGGGCUGCUACCCCAACCAGGCGAUCAGCUCACGUUCAAGUUCACCACACCCAUCACGGUCAAGAGGUUUUACUUCAAGAGCGGGAACGCGGAGCAUCCGUCGGACAAGUUCUACAACGCGACUGUCGAAGUGUUGCCGGUCGAGUCCAAUCAAUAUGGUGGUUCGGCGAACGUGACAACUGAUGGGUACAUUGUUGUCGGGAAAUUCGAGAAUCCGGGAAUAGCCACCGGCACGCCGGACGAGACCAUAGGCAAAGUUCAGGCGUUACGGCUGCACGUGCACAGCGAGAGCGACAAUUGGGCGAUUCUCAGCGAGAUCCACAUUCAAGACGAGAUAGCAGCAAGGUGACCAACGGCCUCCCUGUUCUAUCCCCACAUCCGUCAUCGCUACAUGCCCGACCGCUCAUCAGCGAAAACACUGUGAUAUUCGGAUUAUUCGGCCGCCUCGACGAUCCGCGUAAGAGAUGGAGGAACGAAUGCGGCCAAGCCGUCGGUGUCGGCGUCGGCGUCGGCGUCCGACUGUUGACACCCAAGUAUUAUUUGUAUAUUUGUGUAAAUAGCGCUCUCUGUUGUUAUGUCGCGUUCCGCUUCUUUCAACUGAAUAAAAACGAUUCACAUUUUAAAAAGUUAAUUAAGAAUUAAACAUAUUUUGAAAUAUGCCGAAUGCGCAGUAAAAAUAAUUGACGUGUAUAUUCCUCAUAAUCUAAUCCUUCUCCUUUCAUAAAAAAAAAUACUUACGAAAAUUACAAACUGUCAGCAUUCGCCAGACACAAAACCAGAUUAAAUUUGCAUAAAUAAAUGAGAAAAACAGGCAGUUUUUCUGCCUCGCCAAGAAUUUUAAUUCCCAGCCUUAAUUCCGUUAUUUCCCGUUCAAUUUUCACAUUUUUAAACAUUCCGAAACAAUUUUUCGCGUUGUGCAACUUGUUUUCGGUGUUUGUCGAAAAAAUAAAUAAAUACUUUAAUUCAGAUUCAGUUGUCGUUAAUUUAUUCAGUCCUAAGAGCCAGAACAGCGUGAGAUUGACCUAAUUUUGUAAAUCCGAAAUUGUCUAUGUCUAUUUCAAAUACAGAUACAUCGGACAGAUUUUUAUAUGUUGUUUACUGCUUUUGAACGACACAAUUUCAAUUUGCAAACGCGGUCUUGUUUUCAGGGACUAACUAAUUAAUUUUAUUUAUUUGUGUCCAACGAAAAGAUACGAAAACAAACUAAUUUAUGAGAAAAUAUGUUUGUUUCAGUUUCAUUUCAAAGCUGUCGAUUUAGAAAUGUAGGUGUGUGUCUUAAAACCAACAAUAUUGUUGAAACAAUUCACUAAUAUCAUCAUUAUUUUGAUCAAAUAAUUUUCUCUUUGUUAUAAGUUUUUUUACUUAAAAUGACAAUUUUCAUGCUGGAAAAAUUAACAACAAAUUACAAAUAAGAUCUAUUGUACAGUUACUACUGUAUUAAAUAAAUACUCAAGCAUGUUUUUUUAUUGUUCCCUGUUCGGAAGAGUUGCUAAAUUUAAAAUUUGAGACUGAAUGUAAAUCAAAUGUAAGAUAAAGCGUUAGAAUUAUGAAAUUUUAUUUGUUGAUUAGUGUAUUUUGAUAUACUUAUACAGGGACCACCAUGUUUUACAGAUUGUACAAACAUUUUAGUUGAAACGACAGUCAAAUUGUAAAUAUUGUAAGAGUAUAUCACAUUAUAUAAAAGUGCUUAAAUCUUUAGACGAUUAAGAAAUUUCUGUUAAAUGUAACUGUUGAUUGUUUCUGCCUAAUAUGUGUGUUAAACUAUGACAAUAUAUCGUUUAUUGAAUUCAUUCAUUUGCUUGGUAAAAAAUAACGACUGAAAUAAUGAAAAUAAAGGAAUUGGUGAAAAAGUAACCAUCCAUAUUUUAGAUAACAAUAAUAUUCAAAUUAGAAUCUCUCUUUGUGCUGUAUUUUGAAUUUAAACAAAAUAUCAUUAAACAACUACAAUAACUAUUAACUAGUCGAUGUAUAAAUUUAAUAUUGUGUAAUCUCGAUGUUUAAAAUACACCACAAAAAUAUUAUACACUAAACACAUGGCUAACUAUUAAAUUCUAUAGUUAAAAACAACUAUACAUAUAUUUUUUCUAGAAUUCUGCUAAAUGCUAGAUAUUAAAAUGCUUUCAUUUCAUAAUAACCUUCGGAAGAUUUAUCCAUCACAAAUAUUGUAUAGUUAGUACAUAUCCAAUGCUAUAGCAACAACAUACACACAUUUGUAUGUUUCACAUUCAGUUUAUGAUUCACGUGUAAAUAAAUAAAUAAAUAACACUCCAAACACUGUGUAAAAUGAUAAUAUGUUUAGAUCAGUGUAUUUUGUAUUAAAUGCAGUUGUUGUUUAUGUUUUAUUAAGCAUUUAUUUCGAAUAACAUCUUUGUUAUGAUGAUUUAAAUAGUUUUUAGUUUUUCUUUUGAAAUAAUUGCUUAAUUGUUUCUUUUAUGGGUGCCAUUUUAUGAAAGACCGUUGAUAUUUUGUUGUGUAAUUGAAAAUUUUAUUUUGUUGGUUGACUGUGUAUAUAAAAUAUUAUUCGAUAUGUUUGUAAUGUUAACUAUCUAUAAAUAAAAUAUUCUUAUGU